AACCUUUCCACCAGCCGCCCCUGGCACGGCUUUCUUCUCUGUGUCUCCUGCUGCUCCUAUGCUCAGCCUUGUCUACAGGGUCCCAAGUCCAGGACCUCAUCGCUGCAAACAAAUUCCAAGUGUACUUCUAGCAAACUGCCGAAGGUGGGGAACAUGAAAAAGGUCUUCCCAGAUCCCAGAUGGCUCAGGGAGGCCCCGUCUGUGACUCAGGUGCCCAGGCAAUGAGAACACAGAUGCCAUGCCCCAAAAAUGCUGCCACAGACCAACCAGACGCAAUCCUUCAACUUCUGCAGCUGACCAACCCAAACCAUCACACAGUUCCCCGUAACAACAUUUCCUGCUAUACAAAUGCCUGGUUCUGUUAAAAGAGAAGUACCUUCCUCUCUAAAGAUGAAACUGUUUAAAACUGAUUUCUGUGACCCUUUUGGCAAAUCCUGAAAGUGGUGUGGUAAAGACAUGGAUGUGACCUCCCUAGCCCCCAUCCUUGAUGUGGAGAUCGAUCUAGGCACUGUACAGCCAGCAGCCUCCAACAAUACCUCCUCAGAACUCAACCUGUCCCAGCUAUUGCUUGGCACUGCCCUGGUGAAUCACACGAGUGACCUCUCCGAGCACCAGCAGUAUGUCAUCGGCCUCUUCCUCUCCUGCCUUUAUACCAUCUUUCUCUUCCCCAUUGGCUUCGUGGGGAAUAUUCUGAUACUGGUGGUGAACAUCAGCUUCCGUGAAAAGAUGACAAUCCCAGACCUAUACUUCAUCAAUCUGGCUGCAGCAGACCUCAUCCUGGUGGCUGACUCCCUAAUUGAGGUGUUCAACCUGGAUGAGCAGUACUAUGACAUUGCCGUGCUCUGUACCUUCAUGUCUCUCUUCCUGCAGAUCAACAUGUACAGCAGUGUCUUCUUCCUCACCUGGAUGAGCUUCGACAGGUACGUUGCACUGGCCAAGGCUAUGCGCUCUAGCCUUUUCCGCACAAAGCAUCGUGCUAGGCUGAGCUGUGGUCUCAUUUGGAUGGCCGCUGUCUCAGCCACCCUGGUGCCCUUCACAGCCGUCCACCUGCAGCAUACCGAGGAGGCCUGCUUCUGCUUUGCAGAUGUCAAGGAAGUGCAGUGGCUGGAGAUAACCCUGGGGUUCAUUGUCCCUUUUGCCAUCAUUGGGCUCUGCUACUCCCUCAUCGUUCGGGUCCUCAUCAAGGCUCACAGGCACCGAGGUCUGCGCCCCCGGCGGCAGAAGGCCCUCCGCAUGAUCUUUGCUGUGGUCCUGGUCUUCUUCAUCUGCUGGCUGCCUGAGAAUGUCUUCAUCAGCGUCCACCUCCUGCAACGGACACAGCCAGGGGACGCUCCCUGCAAACAGUCCUUCCGUCAUGCCUACCCCCUGACAGGCCACAUUGUCAACCUUGCAGCUUUCUCCAACAGCUGCCUGAACCCUCUCAUCUAUAGCUUCCUUGGGGAGACCUUCAGAGACAAGCUGAGGCUAUAUGUUGAACAGAAGACAAACCUACCAGCCCUGAACCGCUUCUGCCAUGCAGCCUUGAAGGCAGUUAUCCCAGACAGCAAUGAGCAGUCAGACACCAAGUUCAGCAGUGCUGUGUGAGGAGCCUUGCUGGAAAGAGCAUGUAUUUUGCCAAGAUGAGCAGGAGGCAUGGUUGCAUCACACUCCCAUACCUCCAUCCUGUGGUGAGUCACACCUGCUGGGCAAAUCCUGCUCUACUCCUCCCUGGCCUUGUCCUGCUCAUAGACUUGCAAGGGACUAAGCACUCAAGACUGCAGGUUGGAGAGCUCUGGUCUCAAAGGGCAUAGGAACGGCUUGUAGCUCAGCUGUCUCUGCAUACACUGUUUCCCCAGUGAAAAAUGAUUCUGCUCUUGACCAACAGCAGCCAAAAGGAAGAGGGUGAUCCCUGUGUGAGCACUUCAUUAAAAGGUAAUCCUGCAACAUUAUCAGUGGCUCUGGAGGGAAAUAAAGUCUAGAGACAGAAUAUGCCUAGUGAUCUACACUGGAUGUUUCCCACAGUGUGAAUGUAAUUCAUUACACGUGUGGUAACUUGUAUAUCCUAAGCUGAAGAGGAAAAGGAAGAAGUGUUCCUCUUGCACACAGCCCAGCAUUAUCUCUUUGAGUGCUGCAGCACUGCUUCUAGCCAACCCUCAAAUAUCAGCCAGGUAAACCUGGGUGCUGAGCUGGGAAGGCCCUCCUUUAGCAGAAUGCCUGCUCCAUCAGUCUGCCCACCCGAAGAUGCCCACCUCAUUGCUAUAUUGUUUACAACAGUCUCUGCAAUUCCCAGAGUAUGGGAUGAGACUGAAGCCAACAUGACAUUCUGCAUGUACACUGAAGAAUUUGCCAUUACCAAUGUAACAGUGGGGACAAUGAUGACGAUAUAAAUAGU